AAUAUGGCGGCGGAAUUUGCUGGGCAAGAAACUUCUUUUAAUGUUCCUUGGGGUGUUAUUGCAGCUAAAAUAUGGGGUCCCGAGAACGGUAAGCCUUUUCUUGGCCUUCACGGCUGGUUAGACAACGCCAACACAUUUGACAAGCUAGUUCCGUUGCUUCCCAAGAACAUUCGCUUUAUCGCGAUGGACUUUGCUGGCCAUGGUAUGUCUUCUCAUCGUCCUCUAGGGAUUGGAUACAGCAACUUUGAAUAUGUUGCUGAUGUAAAGAAGGUCGUUUUUCAGCUAGGAUGGAAACAAUUCUCGAUUAUAGGCCACAGUAUGGGGGGCUAUGUGGCAAUGCUGUAUGCUGGAUGCUUUCCUGAUGAGGUAGAGAACCUAAUUUUGAUCGAUUGCGGUGGACCGCAUCCUCGGUUUGGAAAUCGCCCCGCUGAGGUGCUAGCUACUUACGCCACCAAAAUGGCGAGCAUCAAACCAGCUAAUCCUCGCGUUUACGAAAGCGUAGAAAAAGCAGCAGUAAGACGAGAAGAAACCGAGGAUACCAAUCCAUAUUACCCUUUGUCCAAGGAAAGCGCGUUGUCGAUAACCAAGAGGGGAACCAAAGUCACCAACGAGGGUGUUAUAUUUUCCCAUGAUCCAGUCAUCAGAGGGCUUUUUCGUCCGUUUAUCUCUCCUGAGGUCUCUAUCAAGUUAAUUUUGUAUAGGAUUAAAUCAUCCAUGUUGGUCCUAGAGGGCACAACUAGUAAGAUAGAAAUAGAAGUAAGAGAAAGACCUAUUCUAUUGUGUCAAAAUGCCAAAUUUCUCAUGAAGAAAAAGGUUGAAGGUGGUCACCAUUUUCAUAUGGAUAAUCCUGAGCAAACUGCAAGAGAGAUAAAGCAAUUCUUGAUGCAGCAGGAGUCACAGAACAUUGACCUGUUCUCCAGUAAACUUUAACAGUGAAGGUCAUCUUAGGAAAAAAAUAUGGAUCAAUAUUAGUAUUGCAACAACUGUGCACCGGCCCCUACCAGACCCAACAUUAAGGCUAACUUGUCAUCAAAGGACAGUUGUUGAGUUAGGGGAGAGGUAGGUGCACAGUUGCUCAGGUACCCACAUUGAUCAGAUAUUGUAAAUGUUCCAAGUAAAUCAAGACAGGUUUAUAAAAACAGUGCAGGUCCGCUGAACAGGAAAAUGUAAGAUUUUUUUUAGAUCAAAACUUUUUGGGUAUUUAAUUCAACAAUUCAAAAGCUAUUUCUACUUCCAGAAGUUGAUUCAACUCAGCAUUAAGCUCCUGACAGAGUUAACUUUUAAUAAUGGGGGGAGGGGUGGCAGUGCAGGUCCACUGAAGAGGAAAAUGCAAGAUUUUUUUAGAUCAAAACUUUUUGGGUAUUUAAUUCAACAAUUCAAAAGCUAUUUCUCCUUCCGGAAGUUGAUUCAACUCAGCACUAAGCUCCUGACAGAGUGAACUUUUAAUAAUGGGGGGAGGGGUGGCAGGGGUCUGGUCAAUGUGUGGACUGAAUUAUAGAGAAUCAUCAUAAUUUGCUGAAUGAAACAAAAUAUGGAUAACUGAGAAAGAAAUGAGUUUGGAGGGAAGGAAACUUUAAGAUAAAGAGGAGUUGAAAGAGCCUCAGGCUUGCAAAAUGAUGCUAAGGCUUGUCGGUGUCUGUUCUCUGACAGAGUGAUUUUUACUCCAGGGGGAUGUCAUUUACUUCAAAAGCUAUACACAGAAACACCUACAUACAUUGAUAACUCUUGUUUUUGGUGUUUAAUUUAUUGUGCUUUAUAUAAUCAAGGCAGAUCCACGUCAGUAUUUGAGAAACUGUACACCUACCCCUCCCUUAAGUCUUCAAUAACCCUAAGUUGUUGUUAGCUGUCAGCUGACUGUUGUUGGGUUAGGGGAGGGGUGGGUAGUUGCCCACAUACUGACAUUUCCCCAUUUAAGCUGUUGGUAAAAUCUCCAAAUAAUUAAAGAAUAAACAAAUGUUUACA